UUGUGGUGAGAAGCGUCUGAUUACACAGAGACGCUGUGCGGGCAUCGGAGGAGGAAAACUGCGGCUCGGUCUCCUCUGAGGAAGACAGCACACUUUAUUUUAUUUCAUUUGAACUUCUUGCUCAGGGAAAACUUUUUUUUUCUAACUUUUUAACCGAGGAGAGCGGGAAAAAGAGCCGAACCGACGCUUAAACCGUGGAGGAUUUCAGGGCUUCUCCUGGUGUAAAUGGCCGAGGGGGGGCCGACGGAUGACCGCGGAGGAAACUAGCGACAUGUCGCAGUUUGUGGAGGCUUAAAAAAUAAAGCAGGAGCACAGCGGCUUAUUUAUUUAAAACGACGACACAGGUCUGAAUAUCAGGCUGCCGGGGGGAGAGCGGCUGCAGCUCCACGACCAUUUUGGUUUUGGUUUGUUCCUCCAGGCCGGAGAGAACCAGGCCCGCGGAGACAAAGGCUGUCUUCUGUUUGGACAUCUGUCCGUCUCUGUUUUUGUCUCUGAUAAGUCUUUUCUGUAGCCGCCAUCAUUCCGUGCUGUAAGGCCGACCCCAAAAUGUCUUCCAAUGGAGACCUCAGUGACCUGGGGAGCUCUGACAGCUUCUGGGAGCCGGGAAACUACAAAAGGACGGUGAAGCGGAUAGAUGAUGGCCACCGGCUGUGCAACGAGCUGGUCAGCUGCUUCCAGGAGAGGGCGAAGAUAGAGAAGAGCUACGCUCUGCAGCUGAGCGACUGGGCGAAGAGGUGGAGGGGCGUCGUGGAGAAAGGGCCUCAGUAUGGUACUUUGGAGAAGGCGUGGCAUGCCUUCAUGCAGGCGGCCGAUCGGCUCAGCGAGCUGCACCUGGAGCUGCGGGAGCAGCUGGCGGGCGAGGACAGCGAGAAGGUGCGCAGCUGGCAGAAGGAUGCCUUCCACAAGCAGAUGAUGGGAGGCUUCAGGGAGACCAAAGACGCAGACGACGGCUUCCGCAAGGCCCAGAAACCCUGGGUCCGCAAACUGAAAGAGGUGGAGUCCAGUAAGAAGAGCUACCAUCAGGCCAGGAAGGAGGAGUGGACAGCGGCUACCAGGGAAACGCAUGCCAAGGCUGACCCGUCCAAGUCUCAGGAGGAAGUCCGCAAAUACACGGCCCGGGUGGAGCGCUGCAGCCAGGAGGCCGAGAAAGCGAAGGAGCGCUACAAGAAGGCGCUGGAGGAGCUGAACCGCUGUAACCCUCGCUACAUGGAGGACAUGGAGCAGGUGUUCGACCUGACGCAGGAGGCCGAGCGCAAGAGGCUGCGCUUCUUUAAAGAAGUCCUGCUGGACAUCCACACGCACCUCGACCUGUCUGCCAAAGAAGGGUUCAAAGACCUGCACCGGGACCUGGGUCAGACCAUCCGAUCAGCCAGUGACUCUGAGGACCUCAGAUGGUGGAGGAACACCCACGGACCGGGCAUGAGCAUGAACUGGCCGCAGUUUGAGGAGUGGUCUCCGGAGACGAGUCGCUCCAUCAGCAGGAAGGAGCGGGGUGGACACUCUGAGGAGAAUGUGGUCACCCUCACAAACAUCGUCUCCUCAGGCAGAGACAACGUCCCGCCGAGUCCUAUCACCCUGGACACCGGCAGGGUGAAAGAUUACUCUUCAGACUGGUCAGACGAGGAAAGUCCUAAGAAGGUGCUGGCGGUGAACGGCGUGGGGGAAGGGGAGGACGAGGAGGAGCAGGUAGAGGGGGUGCGAGUCCGAGCGCUCUAUGAUUACAUGGGCCAGGAGGCUGAUGAGCUCAGCUUUAAAGCAGGCGAGGAGCUGCUGAAGCUGGGUGAAGAGGACGAGCAGGGCUGGUGUAAAGGACAGCUGAGCAGCGGCCAGGUCGGCCUCUACCCCGCCAACUACGUCCAGGUGAUCGCGUCCUGAUGGACCGCCCCCCCCGUGGUCAUCCAGCCAAUGGUACAACUACACUCAAGAUGCCAGGACAUAUAGACACGCCCUCUGUGAAAACAGACAGUCUUUGGUGACUCACUGUAAAACCCGUCAGCGAGUUUGUUUUUGUUGUUUUUAUUGUUAUUUUAUUAUUUUUUUCUGUUGUUUGAGCUUUUGAAAUCCAGCCAGUGGAAAAGUUCGUUGAAAGGCUGUUUACUCAGCCCGAGGUCAGCGACGUUGUAGUUGGAAAGAAGCUUUACGGGCACAGAGAAAACUCCGGAGGCCUGCAGCCGUGAACAGACAUUAGACUGUAGAAAAACAUGGACGCAAGUUCUGUAACGCCGCCCAUGGAUUUCUGACAGGUCCUGGAUUUUGGUUUUCUGCUCGCCGCCAACAUUUUCAGUUACAGAAGACAGAAAAUCCACAUUUAAUCAAAGACGACGACGUCUGAGCGGAGCUGAGGAGGCUCAAACGUCUGUCAGUCAGUCAAACACGGGCUCCUCUUUAAAGAAACACUUUGACAUUUUGGGACAUUCACUUAUUCACGUCCUUUUUGAGUUAGAUGAGAAAAUCAAUACCUCUCAGGUCUCACAUAAGGCUAAAGACCCAUCUUUCCAAACUUUAUGCUAAGCUAAGCUAACCAGCUGCUGGCUGCGUCUGAUCUUCUGAAUAAGCUUAUUUCCCAAAAUGUUGAAUUAUUUUUAAGCCUUGGUAUUCUCAUCAUUUAUCAGCUCAUUAGAGAAGUGAAAUAAACUUCUUGUGGGGUAAAAAAAAAAAACCUGAGAUCUGGGAUGUAGUUUGGAGGAACUGCAGCAGGAGGCGCCUCU